AUGGAAGCAUGUGUUGACUGCGUGCAGUCAGCACUGAAUGCUGUACGUGGUGGAGUAAAGAGAAUAGAGUUGUGCAGUGCAUUAAGCGAGGGUGGACUUACUCCAUCUGCAGGUCUUCUCAAAAUAAUCAAAUCCCAGAUUGUUGCUCCAGUUUUCUGUAUGAUCAGGCCUCGAGAUGGAGAUUUUCUGUACAAUGAACUCGAAGUACAAGUUAUGGAGGAGGACAUCAAAAUUCUCUUAGGGUGCGAGCUUACCUUCCACAGAGCAAUUGAUCUGACAGAAGAUAUAGAAUCUGCAGCAGAAACUAUUAAACAACUUGGAUUCUCAAGGUAA